AUGGCUACUCCAGACGAGCAAGUCCCUCUGCCAGGUCAAUGGCCUGUAGAUCCUCAAGAAGAUAUUCCCAUUACCGAGGACAACAUUUGGGUUGAUGGUUGCUUCGACUUCAGCCACCACGGCCAUGCUGGUGCUAUGCUGCAAGCUCGCCAACUCGGCAAAGCUCUAUAUGUUGGAAUCCACUCUGACGAAGCAAUCCUGGAGAAUAAGGGUCCAACGGUCAUGUCCCUGGAUGAGCGAGUUGCCGCCGUUGAUGCCUGUCGCUGGGCUACCCAGAGCGUCCCCCAUGCACCCUACGUAACCUACCUACCCUGGGUUUCCCACUACGGCUGCAAAUACGUUGUUCACGGCGAUGAUAUCACCUCCGAUAGCGACGGAAACGACUGCUACCGAUUCGUUAAAGCGGCAGGUCGCUUCAAGGUUGUCAAGCGCACCCCAGGCAUUUCCACAACCGAUCUGGUUGGUCGCAUGCUUCUAUGCACAAGAAACCACUUCGUCAAGUCCGUGAGAGGUGCUCUCUCAGGAGAGGAUGGAGAGGGAAGCCCUGAAGCGCGCAAGGCAGCGGCGGAAGACCUCGUAGGAAGAAUCCGCCAAUAUGCGACUGAUGAGAGCGGUCUUCAGCCAGGCCCUCAGGUCUGGACAUGGGCUGGAGCUGGAGCAUCAAAGUUCGACCCCGUGGUCAAGGAGCCUGGAAAUUUCGAGAAAUUGAUUGACGGAAAGGGACCCCGACCAGGCCAGCGUAUCGUCUACGUCGAUGGAGGAUUUGACCUCUUCUCAUCCGGCCAUAUCGAAUUCCUCCGCAAGGUCAUGGAGCUUGAGGAGGCAGAGGGCCAGAAGCGUGGCUGGUACGAGCCUGAACAGAAGGAGAAGCGUCUCAAGGAGUACAACGAAGACUAUCCCCCUGCUUACAUCGUUGCCGGUAUUCACGAUGACGAUGUGAUCAACAACGCGAAGGGACUCAACUACCCUAUCAUGAACAUCUUUGAGCGUGGUCUCUGUGUGCUCCAGUGCCGCUAUAUUCAUGCAACAAUCUUCUCGGCACCUUUCACUGGCAGCCGACCCUAUCUGGAGGCUCUUCCAUUGGGCACUCCUGAUGUUGUUUACCAUGGGCCUACCACUUUUAUGCCGCUGAAUUACGAUCCCUAUGCCGGUCCUAAGGAGAUGGGUAUCUUCCAAGAGGUCGAUAACCAUGCUUUCCAGCACGUGAACGCCGGAGAGAUUGUUGGUCGUAUCUUGAAGAGCCGAGAGGCUUAUGAGGCCCGUCAACGGGCUAAGUUGGAGAAGGCCGUUGCCGAAGACCUGGUUAAGGCCCAGGAGGCAGCUUCAGCUUAA